AUGUCCGAACUGCGCGGUUCCCCUCCUCUAUCGAGAGGCUCUCUUGACGGUGGUUUCGGGGCUCCUUUGGCCGCGUUGAGCUCUCUGGCGGAGGCUCCGCCGCCGGCCCCCAAUCCUCACGGGAUCGACCACAUACUGUCAAGGCCCACGGUUGGCUCCAACGUUGGUGCUGGUUUGUUGACUCCGCGACUGUCCCUCGCGGCGGCGGCGGCUGGCAUGGCGCACUACCUGCAGCACAAGCCCCUAUACUGGCCAGGGUUCCAGGGAUUGGUGUCCAAUCCCAUGGCGUGGAGGGACCGGCUGCAGUCAAGUGAG